CCCAUUCUGAAAACCCAUUUACAAUUCCUAAGCGAAUCAAUGGCUCAAAAAUGCUAAUUCCCAACUGGGUAAUAGGACAACAAACUAAACAGCUUUUAGGUAAGCUUAGGUUUAUAGGCUUUGCUUCUGAUGCCUUGCUGUUGUUGUGACACAACACUGCCUUGACAGAAAUAAUUAGUCAUAAAUCAAUAUGAAAAUAAAUGAAUGAAAUAAGACCUGUCGCAAAUCUGCAUGCAAAUAUAACAAUGUCAAUGGGAUAUUAGAUUUCAAUUUUAUUAAAUGGCAUGUUAAGUAAUUUGAGCUUUAAAAUCAUGCAGCAGCAGCAGAGGAAGUAAAACAUAAUGGUUAAGGAAUGUCAAUACAGUGCUGCAUAGCACGGUAAUAAAAAAAGGAGUAGCUACUCCACACUCUUAGAAAUAAGGCUUCCAAAAGUGUUUUUUUUUUUUUUUUUUUGAACAGUCAUAAAAGAAAGACUUUUUUUCUUAGUGUGAAGAACAUUUUAAAAACCUAUUUUCACUGUAAGGGACCUUUUGUGGAAUGGAAAGGUUCCACGGAUGUAAAAGGUUCUUCAUGGAACCAUUAAUGCCAUUAUUAAGAGCACAGUAAAUGGCCAUUUUGAAGCACCAAAUAACAUCUUAUAACAGCCUAGGUGGUUUGCUAGUCUUUGCUGAUUUAAGAUGGUCUCCCAGCCUGGACAAGCCUAGUGUUCAACUGGUCUGCCAGCUGGUUUCCCCGUCUGGACCAGCUAAAAAGUGCCCAACACCAUGUAAAACCAGCCAACGGACUGUAGGCUGGGAAACCAACAAAACCAUGUUUUUGCAGCUUCGUUCAGCUCACAAAAGAAUCAAGAUGCUUCAGUCGAUGGAUAAAUAUAAUACAGUGACAGAAUGACUACAUACAUCAAAGUGACACUUCACUAGAAGAGGAGAUCUGGAGACCACGGGUUUCCAUUGGCUCAUCCUCCCUGCACAGGGAGGAGGUCUGCACUAUUUAUCUGGGAUAUGAGCGCACCAUCUGUCUUUCAGUCAGCCAAUGAGCGCUUUAAUUCUCACUCUAUUCACCGGCGGUGUCUUCAUGUAGUGUGCAGACUGCACACUACAGACUGCAGAUGAGAGAGAGGAGCACUGCCCUGUGACGUCGUCGUGAGUGAGCGAGGGACAGUACAGAGAGAGCGCGAGGAAGGAGAGGGAGGCUCCGCGAGCUGUCGUCGUCUGUGUGUAGCUACCGUGUUUCUUUUUUGCCGAUAUUACAUCAUAUACAUUCAUUCCUGACUAGUUUCCGCAGGGGAUACUCUCAUGAGCCGUUUAAUUCCCAUCGAUAUUUGGUAUUUAUUUUUUACCUGCAAGUCUUUUAGACGACGGAAUCAUGGCAAGUACACUAGCGUCUGAUAUUCGUACGAAUUCCGAAAAAAAGACAGUCCGUCCGACGUUUGUAAACAUUCGUGAGUAAACGUUUACGUCUAAUACAACUCGUAAUCGCUUCUUUUUGCUUGUGCGCUUUAUCUUAUUUGUUGUCAGUCGUUGUAAUCGAGCAAUACAUUUACGCGAAGCACAGUUUUUUUAAUUAUUAUUUUUUUAUUUAGAAACAUUCGACUGUUAUUUAAUUACCCGAAUAUUUAAAAGCAAUUGUGCUAGGUUAAUCUCGCACAUGUCGAAUCGCGACGCACGCAAUAUUAAUCGUACAAGAGCAAUUUCACGCGCACAGAGACAGUUGGUGGUUGAAGUUUAAUACGAAGCUGUGCGUAGUGAACGCCUAGCGCGAGCAAUUAAAAGACCAUAUUUAUUUACCUGUCGUCUUACUAGUACGCACACGUACACACACGUUGGUUAUAUCAAGCAUCCCUCAAGGACCAUCUCCACAGACCGUUCACAAAAGAGCCUGCACGACGCAGUGCAAGAAUGGCCCUCACAUUUGUUCUUUCGUUUCUCCUCGGGUCUUUCUCCCUCACCAUAGCCUCACGUAAUACAACCACAGGUUGUGCCAUCAUUCGCCCGCCAAGAGAUGGGGGGAUCAGAUACAGGGGCCUGACCCAGGAACAGAUCCGUAGUGUACAGGUGUUGCCGGUGGAUUAUGAAAUCGAGUACAUCUGCAGAGGGAACAGAGUAAUUGUGGGACCAAAGGUCAGAAAGUGUCUCCCUGACGGCACUUGGACUGACCUGAACCAGCGCAGCAAAUGCUUGCUGCCGUGUCCGCGGGUGUGGACAUCUCUGGAGAACGGCCGUGUGACGGUGCACCCUCCAGGCCCAUCGGUGGAGGGCACAAUACUUCACUACAGCUGUCUGGAGGGUUUCAUCCUGGUGGGCAGAAACAGCACACAGUGCACUAAGCUGGGCAAGUGGGACUCACCCAAACCUGUCUGCCACUAUGACAGACAUUAUACAGGCAAGAAGAAACUCUACAUCGGAGCCCUGUUCCCCAUGAGCGGCGGAUGGCCGGGUGGCCAAGCAUGUCUCCCUUCUGCCCAAAUGGCCCUGGAUUUGGUGAACAAGAGAACGGAUAUUCUUCCGGAUUAUGAGCUUGAAUUAAUCCACUAUGACAGUAUGUGUGAUCCUGGAGAGGCCACAAAGCUGCUGUAUGACCUGCUGUAUACAGAGCCUAUAAAAAUCGUCUUGAUGCCCGGCUGCAGCUCUGUGUCCACACUGGUGGCCGAGGCCGCUCGCAUGUGGAACCUUAUAGUGUUGUCCUAUGGAUCCAGUUCACCAGCUCUAUCCAACCGUCAGCGUUUCCCCACCUUCUUCCGCACGCACCCCUCAGCCACAUUGCACAACCCCACCCGAGUGCAGCUCUUCCAGAAGUGGAAGUGGACCAAGAUCGCCACCAUCCAGCAGACCACCGAGGUCUUCACCUCUACUCUGGAUGAUCUAGAGCAGAGGGUGAAGGAGGCAGGCAUUGAGAUCAGUGUGAGGCAAAGUUUCCUCACGGAUCCUGCUGUGGCCGUCAAGAACCUCAAGCGGCAAGAUGCGCGCAUCAUUGUGGGACUGUUUUAUGAAACGGAAGCCAGGAAAGUGUUUUGUGAGGUCUAUAAGGAGAAGCUGUAUGGGAAAAAGUAUGUGUGGUUUCUGAUUGGCUGGUACGCUGACAACUGGUUCAAGAUCAAAGACCCAUCCAUCAACUGCACUGUGGAGCAGAUGACAGAAGCUGUGGAGGGGCAUGUGACCACUGAGAUAGUCAUGCUCAAUCCAGAGACGGUGCGAGGGGCCUCUAACCUGACCUCACAAGAGUUCCUAGCACAGCUGAUGUCCAAGCUGGGUGGGAAGAAUCCAGAGGAAACUGGAGGAUUUCAGGAAGCUCCUCUGGCGUAUGAUGCAGUUUGGGCCCUGGCUCUGGCGCUCAAUAAGACAGUGGGGCCCUUGAAGGCAAAAGGCCGCAGAUUGGAAGACUUUAAUUAUAAUAACAAGGACAUCACAGCGGAGAUCUACCGUGCCCUCAACACUAGCUCCUUCGAAGGCGUUUCGGGUCAUGUGGUGUUUGAUGCCCAGGGCUCCAGAAUGGCAUGGACCCUCAUUGAGCAACUGCAAGGAGGAAGCUACAAAAAGAUUGGAUACUAUGAUAUGACCAAAGGCAAUCUCUCUUGGUAUGGGAAUGACAGGUGGAUAGGCUCUGGCCCACCUGCUGAUCAGACAGUGGUGAUUCAGAAGUUUAGAUAUUUGUCACAAAAACUCUUCGUCUCAGUUUCUGUUUUCGCUGGCUUGGGCAUUUUAAUGGGGAUCGUUUGCCUCACCUUUAACAUUUACAACAGCAACGUCAGGUACAUUCAAAACUCCCAGCCUUACCUGAAUAACAUGACGGCAGUCGGCUGUAUGAUGGCUCUGGCUGCUGUUUUUCCUCUGGGAAUCGAUGGACUGCACGUACGGAACUCUCAGUUUCCUGUGGUCUGUCAGUUCCGUUUGUGGCUGCUUGGACUUGGCUUCAGUUUAGCCUAUGGAAGUAUGUUCACGAAGAUCUGGUGGGUUCACACUGUGUUCACAAAAAAGGAUGAGAAGAAAGACAAGAGGAAGCAGCACCUGGAGCCUUGGAAGCUUUAUGCCACUGUGGGGGUCCUGCUGGUUAUCGACAUCCUGUCCCUUAUGAUUUGGCAGAUUGUGGAUCCCUUGCACAUCACAGUGGAGAAGUUCACUAAAGAAGCACCUAAAGGGGACGUGGAUCAGUUGAUUGAGCCUCUGCUGCAGCACUGCAGUUCAGAGAAGAUGAACACAUGGCUUGGUGUCGUGUAUGGCUAUAAGGGUUUGCUGCUGCUACUGGGUAUUUUUCUGGCUUAUGAAACCAAAUCCGUGUCCACUGAAAAAAUAAACGAUCAUCGAGCUGUUGGGAUGGCCAUCUACAACGUCUCUGUGUUGUGUAUGAUUACCGCUCCUGUCACCAUGAUUCUAUCGUCUAAGCAGGACGCCUCGUUCGCCUUUGCCUCGCUGGCCAUCAUCUUCUCUGUCUACAUCACUCUAGUUGUCCUCUUCGUCCCCAAGAUGCGGAGGCUUAUCACUCGUGGUGAGUGGCAGUCGGACCAGCAGGAGACCAUGAAGACCGGUUCAUCCACAAACAACAACGAUGAAGAGAAAUCCCGCCAGCUGGAGAGAGAGAACAAAGAGCUGCAGAAGAUCAUCCAAGAGAAAGAGGAACGUGUAUCAGAGCUGAGAAAUCAGCUGUCAGAGCGACAGGCCCUGCGCUCCAGAAAACGCCCCACCUCCUCCAAUCAGAACCACAGUUCUCCUUCUCUUCCCACUCCUCAGAACGAUCCCAAAUCGCUCCUCCCGCCACCAGGAUACCCUCUCCCUGCUUCUGACAACCACUCCCUCCCUCCCACCUUCUCCAACUCCUCCGCCCUGUACCAGCCCGACGGCAAGAUCAACCGCAACAACUGUCACCCUGGACGUCUGCAGCUCCUCUACAAGUGAGUCACGGGACGCUGGAGGAACUGAGAUGAUAUGCAAGCGGGGACACAGCGAAGUGAAAAGCAGGGAGAAAAAUAAGCUACCUUGAUUCAUUGUCAAGAGUUUUCCCCAUCUCGUCCAGCAGAGGGCCUUUGUUUCUUUGUUUGUUUCUUUUGUUUCCGACACUUGCUGUGAUUCUUGGGAUGUUAUACACAGGAGGCUUGAGAAUCUGGCUUUGAUUGCAUCAUUUGAUGUGUCACCAUAUUUGAAAACCACACAUUCUGUGAACCAUUACAUCAUACAAAUGAGUAACAUUCAGCUGAUUUUGACUCGGAAAAUUGUGUACGAAGAAUGACAUGCUAAAAAAAGUCCUUGGAUUAUAAUAAAUGUUCCCAUAAUUCUCAUCAAAUGUGUUUUAGGACUCUAGAAAACAAUGAUUUAUUUUAAUACCGCACUUUUUCGAUACUUUCUUACCUUGCAUCAGUCAUUUUUUUUAUUACUUAUUUCCUAUAUUUAUUUAUUUACUUAUUUUCAUAUUUCCUACAGUUCAGUCAGGCCAUAUAAAUAAGCAUUAGAGAGACUGACCGAUUUAUACACAAUCAUGAUUCAAUUUUGAUAUCACGGACUAUUGUGAUAUAUUGAAUUAUAACACGUAUCGCGAUAUGUAUUGUAUAGUGGGGAGUCGGGACGCUGCCAAUACCCAGCCUCAGUAAUAUCCCACAGUUCUCAGUAGUGGUCGAUAUGCAAUAGCUAGUCAGUGUGGUAACAAUAUGGUACAUUUACAUGUAUUAAUUUGGCUUUUAUCCACUGCGUUUUACAAUGCGUUGAAAAGUUUACAUUUUAUCAGUAUGUGUUCCUUGGGAGUCGAACCCAUGACCUUGGUGUUGCUAACACCAUACUUGAACUGCAUUUCUUAUCUUUCAUCUGAAUACUUCAUAUCCUAUUGUUCAUCUACAAAUUUUCCAAUUUCACCAUGACCUCAAACAUUCUGACGUGCAGCUGACAGUAUUACAAAAUUUCUUGUGACCAACAUCAACAGAUUCCUUCCUUCCUGUUUAUUAGCCCACUACCCCAUUUUGAACAGAAUUUUUUUAGGGAUUUUUAUCCUAAAUCACAGAAAUGAUGCCUCGAAUCAUGUUGCUUGUUGAAGAGAGGUGUGCUAUUACUUUUCUAAGUAAUCAGACUUAUGAUUUUCAUCAGGCAAAAUCCCAUAAAAUUACAUUAAAGGAGGGACUUUUUUGUAAGCAACCAACCAGAACACCUUAGGAACUACAUAGCAACGCCCUGCCAACCUGAGGUGAUUUUUGCAUGGACAAAAAUCACUCACAAUUCCUUCAUUAAAAACGUCUAGCUUCACCAUAAGCGGUAAUGAUGUAAUGAAAUGAUGUUGGUUUGCUUAUAGCCAGCUUUUCUCCCAGAGCAUGCUGGGAUAAUGUAUUAGCAGUCACAAGCUGUUGAAGGCAUUUGAAGGCUUUGUACAGAAGAGAUGUAAUUUCAUCACAGAUUUGGGGGUUUUGUUUUUAUUAGAUCCCUUGUGUAGCUGAGAGCUGCAGAUUGAAUCUCCCAGCAUUCUAAUGCAGUUUGCUUCUAAAUGGCACCUGCCUUAUUGAAGCCGUCACAGGAUGCUGCUACUUUGAAAUGCAAAUAACAUUAAAAAUGCAUCGUGCAGCCAUCUUUGUCAUGUGCUUUGGAUACCAAGCAACGAUAAAGGGAAAUUAGUUCAUUAAGCAGAACUUAGAUGAGCGCGCAAUACGGUACUUUACUUUACAACGCACACAUUCACACUCUUAUCAGCUGCUUUGUGUAGACAUCAGUCAAAUCACGUUACAGUCCUGAUUGAUACAAAAACUGAAACGCUACUGUACAAUACAAUACAUGAUUUCUAAACCCAGUACAGAGGAAAUGUUUCUUUUUCAAAUGAAUUCUUAGUCACCUCAUCAUGCAUAAUGCCAGUUUCCUGUCUGCAGAGCCCCUUAAAAUGACAGUCUUCAACGGCAGCUUUUCCCAACAGCUGUGUGUCUGUUUGCCACAGUGACCCUCGGUAACUCUCUUGCUUUUUCUCAGCGUGCAUGGCUUGGAUUCAUCAGCGGGGCCUGUACGGCAAAGUUUCCUCGGUUUAAUCCGGGCUUUUAAUGAUUCAUUUCAUCUGCCUCAUUUCUGUUUUGUUUUUAAGAAUCUCUCAUUUGGAAGGAAAGGAUGUACAGAAAAAAUCCCUACAGGAACUAUGAGAGUCAUUUGUCUAUUCAUAAGUGCUUGUGACAAUAGCACAUUGCUCAUUAUUUUAGAGACCUGUUAUUACCUCAUAACACUUGGAAUGUUGCUGCUGGUUUCGUAAACAAACAGAGGUUGUCUUUGGAAUAGCAUACUAGCAUACUACCCCUAUACUGUGGACAGUAUGCGUCAGGGUACCAUAUCCUAUAAUGUAAUGCUCUUGACUUGAACCGCAAAAGAGUGCAACAGUCGUUUUCCGAAAGUAGAAAUCCUAUUAAUUUUCUUGAUUUUUAACAAUGACUUACAAACCUUCAAAGAAAAAUUUUCUGUGAGCUAUGAGGUUGUUAAUCUUUUGCCUUCAGGGCACAUUAUUUCUAAUUUUUAAAAGAAUCAUGCUUAACAGCAGAAUUCCUUGUGGAAAAACUACAUUACCCAUGAUUCUACUGACCAAUCAGAGAUCAAGUAAAUUGUCUAAAGAACACAUUAUCACCCGUCUACUUCCAUGAAGCACUGCGAAUGAUUUAGAAUCAGUUUCGAACACACGACUGUGUACUCAAUGACUUUAAUGAUGGAAAGAACUACAAUCCCAUGCAGCAUUGCAAAUAACAUAGAGUCAGUCUCCAUACUCUCUCAAACUUCUUAAAUAUUUAUAUGCAGUAAAUGUAAAAAAAAAAUUCUAUAGACAUAAUCAACAUAUUUAAAUCAAUAGUUUGAUUUUCUCCAUCGUUUUUAAUUCAAUUAUGUCAUUCGCAGUGCUUCUUGGGAUUGUAGUUCUUUGCCUUAUUGAAACCAUUAUUAAGUACACAGUCUUUUUGUGCGAUUUUCGAACACUGUUUUGCUUCAAAUCAAAAAUUCAUAAUAUUGUGAUUAACCGUUUAACUGGUUGGUUUAGUUCAUGGCUUAUAAUAUCUCUGUGGGGAAA